AUGACGCUCUCCGAAGAGUUCAAGUCUAGAAACUUCAGUAAGCAUCUAUGGACAAUGGUUAGUCGCCCGACCGGCAUUCUCUGCAUGCUUAUAUGCUUCGCUGUUGGGAUUUCUAACCUCUUUCGCGUUCCCUCUGUCAUACUUGCCUUCAGCAUAGUACCUUUGCUCCUGCGCAUCUGCCCUACAUCGUCGAAGUUUGAUGCUUUCAUCCGCCGCUUUGCAUCCAACACAAUGCGUGCGGUUAUCUACCUUGCCAUGAGCACUAUCCAAUGGGUUAGUCUCGUAAAGGAGGCCACUAGUCUGAUCGCAGCUGCCGUUUUUCUCCUCUUUGCUGCCAUUUUCUAUGCUCUCGCUGCUGUUAAGGGCCAAGAAUUCACGGGAAGCAAGACCCUUGGUGGACAAGGCGUUGCGCAGAUGAUGGUUUAA